AUGUUGUCCCAAAUUUUAAUCGUCUUUUCUCUUUGUUUCUGUAUUGUCUUCAACACUCCUAUCCCUAGUUCCGUCGAAAAUGGAAUUAAUUAUGAAUGGCUAGGUGGUGGUUUCGAAGGUGAUAUGAUCUUCCCUAAUGGAUUCGAUCCAACAAUUGAAUCGACUGGAAGAGGUGUGGCUAUUUAUGGACCUCGUCGUUGGUUUAAAAAUGUAAUUCCCUAUGAUAUGUCAUUAAUUACAAAUGCUGGACAUCGUAGUAUGAUUGAAUCAGCAAUGGCCACAUUAGUGAAUGUCACUCGUACACCUAUAUCAGGUUUUUAUCAUGAACAAUCACGUCCAGAUCGUGAUACAUAUGUUACUAUUAAUCAAACUAAUAUUGAAUCAGGCCAUGAACAUAACUUUAACAAAUACCGAUGGGGUAAUACUGUUUAUAAUCAAAAUACCAGUUAUGAUUUUGAUAGUAUUAUGCACUAUGGUAGUAAUUAUUUUAGCAGUAAUGGACAACCAACUAUUACACCUAAAGUAGCUGGUAUAAGAAUUGGUCAAAGAGAACAUCUUAGUCCAAUUGAUAUUGCUGAAAUUCGUUCAUUUUACGGUUGUGUAGAUUAA